AUGACGUCCAAGUGGUGGGUCGUUUCGGCCCCAAAUGAGGGUGGUCGAUCUUCCUUUGCUUCCAUCAAAGAUUCUCUUGAAGCCAAGUUGGGACUCUGCAAUGCCCAUCUUCUCCAGCUUCCUGAGUUUCGAGUCGGGACUCUCGACUCCCUCAUUUCCGUCGCCGAUGCCAUUACCCGCGAUGAAAAGAAUCUCGAGUCAACCGUCGAUCGCGUCCUCAGGCAGUACCGCGAUCUCACUGUAUCCUCCUCUGCAAUUCCUACCGUCGACGGUGUCGACAUCAUCGAGUACGUUACCGAUUUCGAGUGGGACGAGGCAAAGUUCGCCUCUUCUGAUUCCUUGUCCGAUAUUCGCAAGACCAUCAUGGAACAGGUUUUUCGAAUGGAAGAUGACAUGAAAAUCCGACUAAACGAUUUCACCUCAACGAAGCAAGCACUCACCACUAUCGAGCGUCGCUCUCAGGGAACUCUCAUGACCCGCCAUCUGUCCACCAUUGUCGAGGCAGAGCAUGUCGUCGAGUCUGAACACAUCACCACGCUCUUUGUUGUCUUCGCCUCAUACAACGAACCCGAAUUCUUGAGUACGUACGAACAGCUCGCAAACCUUGUCGUUCCGCGUUCGGCCAAGAAGAUUUCUACCGACAAUGAAUAUUCUCUUUUCGCCGUCAACGUAUUCAAAAAGUCCGUCGAAGACUUUAAAACAGCUUGCAGAGAGAAGCGGUACACAGUCAGAGACUUCGUCUUUGACCCGACUGCAAAGUCGAGGUCUGCAGAAGAAGAGGACCGACUCAAGGACGAAGCGCAGACCCAGCAGGCUACUUUCACAAAGUGGGCCGAGACAGCGUUUGCUGAGACUUUCAUUGCUAUGGUGCAUCUCAAAGCCCUUCGUGCCUUUGCCGAGAGUGUCUUGCGUUAUGGCCUCCCAGUCAAUUUCGAUGUUUCGCUGAUAUUACCAAAGGGCAAGGCUGAUUCCCGUUUGCGUUCGUCACUGAAUGAAAUGUUUGGGCACUUGGGCGGUUCCUGGGCCGCCGCAGGGGAUUCUGAGGAGGUCACUAACAUUCCUGGCAUCACCGGUGAUAAGGACUUCUAUCCCUAUGUCUACUUUGAGCUUCCCAUCCCCCAGUCUUCGCGUUCCUG